AUGGGCGGUGGAUGCUGUGGAUGCGGCGUGUCACCACCCGGGCCACAGGGCCCACCUGGGCCAGAUGGAGACGCUGGAGGAGAUGGAAACCCUGGAGCUCCGGGACAGAAUGGACCCGAUGGACCUGCUGCCACUCCCGCACCAUUGCAUGAUUGGUGCUUCGAUUGUCCGGAGGGACCUGAAGGAUCAGCUGGAAAUCCUGGACCUAAAGGACCCAAUGGACAGCCGGGAAGGGCUGGAGGUCCGGGAGCCCCUGGAAACGCUGGACCUCGUGGCCCACCCGGACCAGCUGGAGAUGCUGGAUUGGACGGAAGACCUGGAGGUCGUGGAACACCAGGGCAACCAGGGAAAUUAUCGGAGAUUCCUGGACCGAAUGGACCACCGGGACCCCCAGGGCCACAGGGAGAACCUGGAGCUGAUGGGGAAUCGGGACAACCGGGACAAGAUGGAGAUGAUGGAGAAGCUGGGCCAGAGGGAGAGGCUGGGAAACAAGGAGGAAAUGGGCAACCGGGACGGGAUGGAGAUCGAGGAGCUGAUGGAGAGAGGUAAGUCGAGAGUACAUUGACUGAUACGGGCAUCAAUCUGAACGAGAGUCGUCUCUGUAAUUGCUCGGCAGGCUCCGAUCAGUGCACUGAGUUGGAGCAUCAAGUCGGCCCAGAGUACGCGAAUAUGUGCCUGGCGAGGGGUGAGAGCGCGUGCAGAGUCAUCGUCUUUCAUCACGCAAACACUAAAUCGACGGCCGUCUAUGAUUGUCACCGCAUUUUCUACGCCGGCGUUUGCAACUUCAGCAACGCUCAAGGGGAACAUCGCUGCUGUUACACUCCGCUUUGCACAAAUCAAAUCGACACAGCGCCCCUCAUCCAAGACAACACACCACAAGAGCGUUUACUCGUGAAAUUGAUCCUGAUCGGUGUUGGGGUUUUGGUGGCAAUUUGCCUGCUCGUUUUCGCCUACAAAAUGUGGGAUAGCUCUGAUUUUCGAAACUACUUUCGCAAAGCGAUCACACGCCCCGACAAAGUCGUGGACGAGAUCGUGUUGGCGCAUCGAGACGCUGAUGAGCUCUCGGCGCCGAAUGACCUUCAAGCUCUUUCUCGUGAGCAUCAGAUCCCGUUGAUUGGUCGUCGCAAUAUGGCCUUCGAAAACAGUCAAUCAACCACGAGAAACUCAACAACACCGGGCACUAUGUCAACGUCGAUCGGAUCGCAAAGCAAAGAGCUCGUGAAUCCUGCUCUUCGUCAAAUCUAUGUCCCGAUGCCAACAUACACUCGAAUGGAAGGGUUCAUCGAGGAAGAAGAAAUAAGCGAAGAUCGAGAUCAAUCAACGCCGACACCGGGGAAAGAGUACACUCGUGUUUCCGCUGAGAAUCCGAAUAUCGUUGUCACGUCGAUGACGCCACAAGAAAAUGAUAUCUCGAUUGGUACGGUGUUGACGAGUGAUGGAGGCACUUUGUCCACAUUGCUCAAAGAUUUAGAUCCCACCAAUUCGGGAAGUGGAUCCGGUCUUCCCCUUUUAAUCCAACGAACAAUCGCCCUUCAAAUCAACAUCAUCAAAGAUGUGGGAAGUGGACGAUUUGGAGAGGUGAAACUUGGCCAAUGGCGGGGUGAGAAUGUAGCCGUGAAAAUCUUCUGUUCGAGGGAUGAAAGCUCGUGGGCAAGAGAAGUCGAGAUCUACAACACCAAUUGGCUACGUCACGCGAACAUUUUGCAGUAUAUUGCAAGCGAUAAAAAAGAUACGGGCCUUCAAAUGGAACUCUGUUUGAUCACUGAAUAUCAUCCGUUCGGAUCGUUGUACGAUUUCCUGGCUGAGAAUAUCGCUGAUUUGGGUUUAGCGGUUCGGCAGUACGGGAGCAUGGGAUAU